UAUGCUAACUUUUUUGUCAGCCGGAGCCGGAGCCGGUGCUGCUCUUCCGCCGGCAUUUGUUUUAAUUGGAUCCAAUUUGAAAUGGUCGAAUUCGAGGCGUUUAUCGAUCUGGGCUGGCUGUGAAUUUCCAGAUUUUCUUCCUAAGGAAAUCGAGAAAAUCAAAGAUCCUAAUGCUAGAAACAUGGCUUCACGAAUUGAGAGAAUACCAGUAAACUUAUCGAAGGAUCUUGUCAUGAGUAGUUGUGUGAAGCCAAAAAAACAGAAAGACGCUAAUCCAGUUGUGCUUCUUCAUGGUUUUGAUAGCACGUGUUUAGAAUGGAGGUACACGCUUCCAUUGCUCGAGGAAGCUGGAUUGGAGACUUGGGCAAUUGAUAUCCUUGGAUGGGGUUUCUCUGAUUUAGAAAGGCUUCCAUCGUGUGAUGUAGCUUCCAAGCGCGAUCACCUUUACCAGCUGUGGUCUACCUAUAUCAAGAGGCCAAUGGUACUUGUCGGACCGAGCCUUGGAUCAGCUGUUGCUAUUGAUUUCUCUGUCAACUAUCCUGAAGCUGUGGAUAGGCUGGUUUUAAUCAAUGCAAGUGUUUAUGCGAAAGGUACAGGAAAGCUUGCAACCUUACCGAAAACAGUAGCUUAUGCUGGGGUCUACUUGUUGAAAAGCAUACCAAUUCGGUUAUAUGCAACAUCCUUGGCUUUCAACGGCUUACCAUUAAGUACAUCUAUAGAAUGGACUAAUAUAGGUCGUUUACAUUGUUUAUUACCUUGGUGGGAGGAUGCAACAGUGAAUUUCAUGAUCAGCGGAGGCUACAAUGUCAUUGAUCAGAUAGAACAUGUAAAGCACAAAACACUGAUAAUAUUGAGCGAAGACGAUCAUAUUAUUGACUACAAGCUAGGAGUGAGAUUGCAUUGUGAACUUCCAAAUGCGACUCUACGCCAAAUACCAAAGUGUGGCCACAUUCCUCAUGUGCAGAAGCCUGAUGUUGUCUCCAGGUUGAUCGCGGAAUUUGUUCAGUCUGAUCAAUCACAAAAGGCGAAACCUGACUCUGUCUCUACCAUCUCUGUUCCUGUGAUGAUUUCGCCUACUUGUACAAGCAGAUAUUUAGCAUAUCCAGUGUCUCCGCCAUCUCCUCAAUUUCGCGGUAUUAUGUUGUCAUAAACCAAUACUCGAUUUUUCUUGUAUACAUAUAUAAAUAAAGGUAAAAUAGUCAAA